CAAUGAAGGUUUGUCACAGGGGACUCACGUGGACGAGGCGCUCUUAAAACCUAGCUCCUGACUUUUCCUCAAGUUCAAUUUUUUGGGAUUCCCUCCCACCUCAUCACAUAUCGUCCUUUUACUUCCAAGUUGUGACUAUUUAACCCAGUUUACCUCUCAUUUUUUCGCUUCUGCGGCGCGCAUCACCGUCCCGCGUCUUCCGUCGCUUCCUCUUGCGCUGCUUUCUUUUCUUGCUGCAGCUCUCGGACUCCCCUCUCUCUCUCUCUCUCUCUCUCCCCCUCUCUCUCUCUCACUCUCUCCGCUUCGCGUUUUUAAGGCUUUUCUUGUUUGCCUAAAAGAAUGCGAACAGUUUCCAUGCGUUGUCUGUGCGGCCACAUGACGAGCUGCCCUCUGCGUUUUCGUCCGGUCCUCUGUGAGGUCUGCCGCGCCUGAACCUGUCCAUGGUGCUGAAACACAUUUUUCCCGAACACACCGGCGCGCUGCUGCUGCUGCUGCUUCUCCUCCUCUGAUAUCCAGAAAUAGUUAUUAUUUCUGCAUCUUUUCGUGGUCUGCAGGUGAGGUAAUUUCAGCAAUAACUGGUUCGUCUUCCCGGCGAUGUUUCUGAACUCUAAACAGAGGGAGUUUGUCCUGAAGGAAGCCCAAAGAUUCGAUUCUGACUUUGCCAAAUAGACUACAGCGGCUGCAUCGAUUUCAGGAGCAAUCCUCUUUUUAGACUUGCCAAAAACAAACAAGCAAACAAAAAAGAAACAAACAAUUAAAAAAACUGAAAAUCGGAUGCGUGGACGAUUGUUGUAACGCAACUCAGCCUGGAGAUAUUUUGUGUUUGAAGAACCAGUUGGGUAACUGGAAGUAGCGGAUGAAUAAUCUUUAUUUGUAACGUAUCCAGAAACAUUUUUUCUUGCUGCGGGGAGGGGGGUCUCUUCUUCUGGUGGAUCAACUGAGACUUUAACAACCCCCUUCCAACCCUAAAAAUAAAACUUGUCCUGAAUACCAAAUGGUAGUUUGAGGAGGCCUCGAUCAAGACAAUGGAGGCGUCCGCCAACGGAUCCAGUUUUGGCAUCGACUCGCUGCUGUCCCACAGGCCUGGAAGUCCGGUGUCCAAAGGGGACAGCCUGGUGGGGGAGUGCCGCUCGCCUCUGGAGUUCAGCCCGAGAUCAGACGUGGAGAGCGGCUGCUCGUCGCCUCCAUCGCCGAGGAGGGAGUGCGUGGAUGAGGUGGCUCAGAGGCAAAGUCACGGCGUCGGCCUGCCGCCGCACCUCCAGCACGCGCAGAUAUCGGCGGGGUCGCAACAGAGGACCGUGACCUCGUCCUUCCUCAUCAGAGAUAUUCUCGCGGACUGUAAGCCUCUGGCUGCCUGCGCGCCCUACUCCAGCAAUGGACAGCCGACUCAGGAGGCGGGGAGGUUGGCGUCGAAGAUAGCGGACGACUAUAUGGAGAAAAUCCACAGCAACUCGUCGUCAGACAGCGAAUAUAAAGUGAAAGAGGAGGGGGACAGGGAGAUCUCCAGCAGUAGAGACAGCCCUCAGGUCCGGCUGAAGAAGCCCAGGAAGGCCCGGACGGCCUUCACGGACCACCAGCUGGCCCAGUUGGAGCGCAGCUUCGAGCGGCAGAAGUACCUGAGCGUCCAGGACCGCAUGGAGCUGGCGGCUUCCCUCAACCUUACCGACACACAGGUCAAGACCUGGUACCAGAACCGGAGGACAAAGUGGAAGAGGCAGACAGCGGUGGGGCUCGAGCUGCUGGCGGAAGCAGGAAACUACUCGGCCCUACAGAGGAUGUUCCCAUCCCCGUACUUCUACCCGCAGAGCCUGGUGUCAAACCUGGACCCGGGAGCAGCCCUCUAUCUCUACAGGGGCCCCUCGGCGCCCCCGCCGGCCCUGCAGAGACCCCUGGUCCCGCGGAUCCUGCUGCACGGCCUGCAGGGGGGCAGCGAGCCGCCCCCUCCGCCGCCUCCUCUGCCCCCCAUGUCCGGCGUGCUUCCCCGGCCGGCUCAGCAGCGGUGAGCCGGCCCCUGCAGAGUUUGGGGUUGUUUUGUUUUUUUUUUUGCUUUUUUUUUUUUUUUUUUUUUUAAU